AUGAUUAGCCCUGCCAUGAAGGAUAUUUCGUCCACGAGCAGCAUAUGGUGGUCCCAGGUUGUGGAUGCAGCAACCUCUUACUAUCAGCACUGGUUGAUGUGUGACCCAGUAGCUCGGCUUUCAUUGGAACCUUCGCAACCAUAUCGUUUUGAACACACCAAGUAUGCACGUGUUGAGCAGAGAGCUUUGACGAUGCUGUUGCGUGCCGUGCCUACAGUAAUCAAGGAAGAGUUGGUUGCAAAUCGGAAGUUGUCCUGCAUCGAGCUCUUAGCCUUGGUUCACACAACCUACCAACCAGGUGGGCUGAAGGAACGGUCUGCGUUGUUGCGCUAUCUCACGAACCCUGACGGUUGCACGGAACUAGUAGCCGCACUUCGCAGCAUUAAACGGUGGUCACGGUGGAAGCACAGAGCAGCAGAACUGCACAUCUCUACUCCUGAUCCUACCUUACUGUUAGGAGGUGUGGACAUGAUGGUGUCCAAGGCGUUGGCGUUGUACCCGGAAUCACAAUUUAGGAUUUCGUCCUACCGAUUCGCGAAGAGCAUAGAUCACCAGCCUACUGAGGCCAAGGUUGUGGAGUUGGUGAGGUUCGUUCAGGGUGAACUUGAGACCUUGGUGGCUUCAGGUACAGUUCGAUCUAAGACGAAGCCGGACGGGGAUGCAGAUGCCGGUAAGCGUUUGAGGAUUGCGAAGGUUGAGGACAACGAUGCCAAGGGGAAGGGUAAAUCUAGAGAUGAUGCUCCGAAGGGCGCUGAGGGCAAGGGUAAGGCGAUUUGCAAACAUUGGAGAACCGACAAGGGUUGCAGGUUCGCUAAGGCCUGUAAGUUUGCUCAUGAGCCAUUGCACCCUUCCGAGAAGCGUUGCUUUGCUUGCUCAGCGCUCAAUCAUAUGCGAUCGGAAUGCCCUUAUGAGCCUAAGGACGGACGUGCUUCAGAGAAUCCGAAAGGAAAAGGAAAGGGAAGUGAAACGGUAGCAAAGGCUAGCGCUCAGGCCUCGGCUCCUGCUUCCAACAAUCCCAUGCCACCUAGUCAGUCCUCUAGCCAGGCCCCCGCCACGGACUCUGAAGACAUUCUCAAGAAAGCCGCAGCCAUGAUUGAGACCCUGCAGACCUCCAUAAAAACUGUAGGUGACGGCUACGGAGGUCAAGGGAAGGUGAGGGCAGAUGGGGACUUCCUGAACUUCCGCAAGGAUCCCUAUGAGCUCCUUGGGAAAGCGUUCUCCGCGAGCGUACAUGAAGGUGUCAGGGCUAGGUAUUUCUUGGCUGCCAAUCUGUCAGUCCCAUUUGAUGUGCAUGUUGCUGGGAGUGAGAAGCCGGUAGCCGACGAACCCGACGAGCCUGCACCAAGUGCAAGUGAAGAGCCAGCGGAGUGGGAACAAGCUGGUGAUUACGAGGAGCCUGACGCGGAGCACAAACAGGUUGGUGAGCUACUUCCAGAGGAAGGGGUUGACAAGGACAACUACCUGAGCAAGGUUCAGAUGGUAAGCGUUCCUUUCGGGAUUCCGUUGAAGAACAAAGGGGCUCAGGAGGUCUUGAUGGCACUGAAGCUCAUUGAUGCUCGCGCGUCUUGUCUCGGGAUAAAAAUCGCUCGCCUUCACUCGGACAAGGGCGCUGAAUUUGAUAACCGCUUUGUUCGGGACUGGGCGGCGUCAAGGGGGAUUUGGAAGUCUUCAACUGGGGGAGACAAUUGGCGAUCGAAUGGCACUGCAGAAGCCUUAGUCGGCAUUCUCAAGGACUCUGUUCGAGUUCUCUUGCGGGAUGCAGGGCUUGGCCCACGGGACUGGCCUUACGCUUUGAGGCACGCAGCAGGGAGGUUGUUUCAGUCCAGGGUUAAAGCGCUGGGUUGGAAUCUUCCGCCUCUGGUUCCUUUUGGGGCAAAGGUGUUUGUUCAUCGCCGAACCUGGCAUUUGAAGAAGGAUGCUGACAAGGAAUGGGCUGCCAAGGCUGUUGAGGCUAGAGUUCUUGCGCCAGCAUUCGAGGUUGAUGGCGGGUAUCUUGUCCGAACAGUCAAGGAUGAACUGUACAAUACCAGCUGUGUGUACGAAAACGUUGAAUACCUUGAUCCAGCUCGGUUUGUCAUCCCUGAGGAUAAGGCUACGGAAGCGGACAUCCUGAGGGUGAAAGUUUCGUGGGCGGGGCGUGUGGCGGUGAGUCAGCUGGGUCUGCAGGUGGUGACGAAUCUCGGAUCGCCUGUCUCAGUGAAGCUGAGUGUGUCGUAUGAGUCUUGCGCGCUGGAGAGUUGUGAGGAUGAGGGUUCGGUUUCAUUGGGCCUUUGUCCGAGUGCAGUUGACCCUGACGUGUCACUUAAGUGCUUGAAAGAAUGGUUGAGUGACGAGGGCAGGUCUCAGUGUAGGCGGCAUGCGGAUGUGAGUCAACCAACGCAAUUUGCUGACGAUGACUUUGUUGAUGACGCUGUAAGGCAUGCCGUAGUUCGAAAGAUCCUUGAGCUGGAGCAAACUAGCUGUGCCAAGGCUGGCGAAGAGCUGGUGUACAGUUUGUUGCCAGAUGCUGAGGUUCUGUGCACGCACACGGUGCCCUUGGUUGAGGUAGAGCGGUACUAUGGUCUUUGGAAGGAUGCUCUUGAAAAGGAGCUGCAUUCGAUGACACAUGAAAAGCAGGCUCUCAAGGUGAUUUCUGAGGAAGAGCUGACCAAGUACCAAGAAGCUGGAACGCCCGUGGCGUGUGGCAACUACGUUGAUCUUGGUGGCAAGGACGGUGAGAAUCGGAGUGCAAGUGUGGACUUGUACGCCGGCGGGAUCGACGCGGCAGUGCUUAGACAGGUGUUGGCGCAUGCUGCCAAGAAAGGGUCAUGGUCAGCUGGCACUACUGACGUCUCUACGGCAUUUUUGAAUGCUGAGCUUUUAGAUCGCCAGAACCCGCUCACUAAGCCAGCUCCGCUCUCACAAGAGGUUCCGUCGGAAGUUGUUGUGCUCCGUCCGCCCUCGCUGUUGAUCAGGCAUGGUUUGUUGCCUGCGCGCAGCUUGAUGCUUGUCCAGCGGGCCGUAUAUGGCCUAGAUCAAUCCCCGCGUGACUGGGGCAUACGUCGCGACAAGGAUCUGCGCACGAUUCGCUUGAUGCUUGACACUUGUGAGUAUCGGCUUGUGAUGUCGGACGUUGACAACAACCUGUGGUUUUUGACCACCGGCCGUAAGUCGGAUCCUGUCGUGGCUUGCUUGAUGGUGUACGUGGAUGAUCUUCUCGCUACGGGACCGCUGGCGGUGAUCCGGCCGCUGCUUGAUGAGAUUUCAAAGCUCUGGCAGUGCGGCACUGUAUCUUUUCUGCCUGAGGACACGUCUGAGGUGCCCUUGGUAUUCUUUGGGUAUGAGAUCAGGCGAGUUGGUAGGAGCUUUCAUCUCAGCCAGAGGGACUACGUAAAGGAGCUUGCUACGAGGUAUCAUGAUCUUCCCGCUCCCUCUACGCCUCUUCCCCCAGGAACCUUGGACAUACCACUCGCAGAGGAGCAAUCAGCCAGCGACCUCAAACAGUGCCAGGCCAUGCUAGGAGAAGCUUUGUGGGUUAGCACGAGAACGCGGCCCGAUGUUUGCUUUGCGGUUUCUCGUCUUUCUCAGGCGAUGUCCAAGAAUGCAGCUGUAGUUAGGCCACUUUGCCUUCACUUGCUAGGAUACUUGUGCCGUACCAAAGACUUUGGCCUCCUGUAUACUGAUCAGUAUCCAGUUCAGGGUGAGCCAGGUUCGGUUGCUUCGGUCACUGGCAAGUAUGUUGUAGAGGCUCAAACGGACGCAGCAUUCGCGCCCACCUGUGAGAGAUCGCAUGAGGCCACAAUGGUGUACACUGAGGGUUCAUUGACGGGUUGGUUGUCAACUCGACAGCCAUUCGUAGCGUCUAGCACAGCUGAAGCCGAAUUGCUCUCUUUGACCACUGGCUUCUCGUACGGGAGGUCGCAGCGGUUCGUGAUUGAGGAGGUUGAGGGGUGCAAGAUAGAUUUAAGGGUUCUCAAUGAUAACCUUGCAGCUACCACGAUCUGCAACAGUCCGUCCACCAACUGGCGAACUCGCCACCUGAGGAUUCGGGCUGCCCAUUUGCGAGAGCAGAUCAGUGAAGGGGAGUGCUCAGUUUCUCAUGUUGAGGGUGCCAGAAACACUGCUGAUUUAGGAACUAAGGCACUCCAGCCUCAGAGGUUCGAGAUGCUUCGGGCCAUGAUGGGAGUUGUUAGCCUCUCAGAGGUCACUGCUCGUCCUGCAGCUGCCACUGUCUCGUCCGGUCCACCGGUUGAGGAAGCUCUUAGAGUCGUUGUCGCUGCACUUUGCGUGGCAUCAGUUAAGGGUCAACCGUUGAGUGAGGGUUCGGAUGAUUUUGGUUUUUGGAGAGUCAUCUUGCUCUGGAGCGUGUUGGUGAUUCUUGUCUGGGAGAUCGUCAAGUGGGGCUGUCGGGUGAGCUGCCGGAGGUUCGUGUUACCGGACAUGCCUGAGCCAGACUCAGAAGCUUCCCAAUCUGAGCGGGAGCAGGAACCUGAUGACGAGGAUCUUUUGGUAGAAACUGAUAGGCCUCAGGUUACCGCUGAGCCUCUGGAUGAGGACCCUGGUGUGAUGCCAUUUCGGUACGCUGAUGAUGUCGUGUAUCUUGUUCCUCGUAGGCCCACGAUUGCCUAUCAUACUGAACCAGAGCAGCAGGUCCUAGAGCAGGCAGGGAUUAGAAGACGUCACGCUUUGAGAGUUUAUGCUCCCGAACCUGAUGAUGAGCCGUUGCCGCAAGUGAGAGGUGUCGGGUCCGAUGAUGUUCCUAGGGAAGCUGAGCGUGUCGUUAGGGUCUCCGACCUCGCGCCGCUGCCGAGUUUUCAGGAGGGGGGUCCGUUAAGGCGUCUGGUGGAAGCCAGGGAGCGGGCGGAGGUCCUGCAGGGGAUGUUGAACAUGCCCCCUAUGGUACCUAUCGUGCUUCACCCUUUUUGGCCUGCGCCACCACAGCUGACGGUGAGAGAGCUUCGGACAAUGGCAUCUGAGUGGGGUGGUCCUGCGAGUUCUCUGUAUCAAGAGCCACAUCCGGCUUACCACGGCGAUCAGUACAUCUACGUGCCCGAUGUGAGACCACGAGUGUUGGUGAGAUGGCAUAUGCGGCCGCGUGUGGGAUUAUUCCAUCCGGAACAGGCGCCUACGCCAAUUCCUCUCGGUGCUCUUACAGGACAGCGACGCACGCUGCAGGGAUUUGCCAAUGGGGACAGGGUCAUUUGGGAUGACCGCUUCACGAAUCCAGAUCCUGAGAGGCCACAUGAAAAUCUGUGGAGAGGACGCACAGAGCUGGAAGUAGACCCAGAUGAACUGGCGAGACUCCAAGGGGGAAAUGAGGACUCCGAUUAG